UGUGUCAUAAAUGAGGACCGGGAUUGUAAGUUUGAAACACACACUGCAUGUCCUGACGCUACUCGCCCGUUAUUUACGACGUCUGAUGUGACGAGCAUACAGAUGAACAUUGCUGCAAACGGAUCGUAUUGAGAAACCCAAAGCUUUAGUACAUUUCGCAGAGGUGCAAUGGGGGGUAAUAUUCGCAGUUAUGUGACAUGACAGAAGCGCGCACGGUUGGGCAGCCGAGGUGUCAUCGAUCAGAUAUGAUCUGAUUACUGAUCAAUAAAGCGACGAGCGUUGUUGGGAAACCAUGCAUCACGGAGGCGCGUGAAUUAACGGGAGCGUAAAAAUGGAUAUCAUCUGUGUUUCUUUUUGACGCGCACCGACAACGCGGGAGGCGGGCGGUGGGCUGAACUGAGCGAGGCAACUACCGGCCAAUGCACCGGGGGAACCGCGGCGUGAUCGCGGCCCGGGAGCCGGGAAGUCAGAGGGACAAGCUGCGGAGCUGAGUGAUUCGUUCCUCCGGGUAUAACGGCGCGGCGCGGGGAACGAUGGGCUGCGCUCCCAGCAUCCACGUCUCGCAGAGCGGGGUGAUCUACUGCCGCGACUCGGACGAGUCAAACUCGCCGCACCAGACCACCACCAUCUCGCAGGGCACGGCUACCACCCUGCACGGCCUCUUCAUCAAGACCGACGCAGCGGACACGAUCCCCUCCGUAAUCGCGUACCAGACCAGGCACACGCGGACCGGCUCACACCGGGAGCGCAGAGGGAACAGCGGCGCGCACAUCUGCAUUGAGGCCGAGACUCAGACCAGCAACACCAGUAUCAAGGUGUCUGCAACAGAAGAGCGCUUGGGACCAAUGCGUUUAACCCAGGAGCCCAUACAGGUGUUACUGGUUUUCGCUAAAGAGGACAGUCAGAGCGAUGCGUUCUGGUGGGCGUGCGAGCGGGCGGGGUUCAGGUGUAACAUCACACGGACACCUGAGUCUGCGGUGGACUGUUUCCUGGACAAACACCACGAGAUCAUCAUUAUUGAUGGGCGGCACUCGCGGUACUUUGAGGCAGAAGCAGUCUGUCGAAUGAUUCGUGUGACCAAGCCUUCCGAACACACGGUUAUUCUAGCAGUGGUGCCACAAACUCCUUCAGAUCAAGAGGAAUCUUCUUUUCUUCCUCUUCUCUCUGCUGGCUUUUCAAGAAGGUAUGUGGAGAACAGCAGUGUGUCGGCCUGCUAUAAUGAGUUAAUCCAGCUAGAACAUGGAGAAGUUCGAGCUCAGUUUAAACUGAGGGCUUGUAAUUCAUUGUUUACCGCAUUAGAACAGUGUCAGGAAGCCGUUGAGAUCAGCAGCGAAGAUCACGUCAUACAAUAUGUAAAUCCAGCUUUCGAGAAAAUGAUGGGAUAUCAUAGAGGAGAACUGAUCGGUAAAGAGCUGACCGAACUGCCCAAGAGUGACAAAAACAGCGCUGACCUGCUGGACACCAUCAACACCUGCAUGAAGAAAGGAAAGGAAUGGCAGGGGAUCUAUUUCUCAAAGAAGAAGUCGGGUGACAGUAUUCAGCAAUAUGUCAAGAUCACUCCUGUGAUUGGCCAGGGAGGAAAAAUCCGCCAUUUUGUAUCUGUCAAGAGGCCUUACAGUGACAACCACAGACAGGUUCAUAAGUUUAGCAGAGAGGAUAAGUGCUGUGGUGAACAUUCACAUUCAGAAUGCAACUCCAUGCGUCACAAAGACCGGAGGAAAGAAUCUGUGGACGUCAGAUCUAUCAGCUCACACAGCAGUGAUGCUCCCAGUCUCCAGAAUCGCAGAUAUUCCUCUAUGGCUCGUAUCCACUCAAUGACUAUAGAAGCUCCAAUCACUAAGGUGAUAAAUAUCAUUAACGCAGCACAGGAGAGCAGUCCCGUGACCGUGGCAGAAGCUCUAGACCGUGUUUUGGAAAUCUUACGGACCACGGAGCUCUACUCACCCCAACUGGCCUCAAAAGAGGACGACCCUCACACCAACGACCUGGUGGGGGGACUUAUGAGCGAUGGACUCAGAAGGCUGUCUGGGAAUGAAUAUGUCUUCUCCAAAAGCGCAUUACACAAUAUGAGUCAGAGUCAGCUGCCGGUGCCUGUCCCUUUAAAUGACGUCCCGCCCUCCAUCGCAGAGCUGCUCAAUAAGGAAGAACAUUGGGAAUUUAACAUCCUGGAGCUGGAAGCAGCUACACACAAAAGGCCACUCUCAUAUCUGGGUCUGAAGGUCUUCACUGAUUUUGGUGUGUGUGAGUUUCUGAACUGCACAGAAGCCACGCUGCGCUCCUGGCUCCAGGUGAUCGAGGCAAAUUACCACGCAUCCAACUCCUACCACAACUCAACACACGCCGCAGACGUUCUGCACGCCACCGCCUACUUCCUGCGCAAGGACAGAGUCAAGGGAGGUCUUGACCAGUUAGAUGAGGUUGCGGCGCUGUUAGCGGCAACGGUCCAUGACGUCGAUCACCCCGGUCGCACCAACUCAUUCCUGUGUAACGCGGGAAGCGAGCUGGCGAUACUGUACAACGACACAGCCGUCUUAGAAAGUCACCAUGCCGCGCUGGCGUUUCAACUGACCGUACGAGACAGCAAGUGCAACAUCUUUAAAAACAUGGAGAGGACUCAGUUUCGGACCCUCCGGCAAGCCAUAAUAGACAUGGUGUUGGCAACGGAAAUGACACGGCACUUCGAACACGUCAAUAAGUUCGUAAACAGCAUCAACAAACCCAUGAGUGCUAUUGAGGAGACAAGCUCCAAUAGUGAAGGCAGCGAUUGUGAGGGUCAGGCCAGUAUCCGAAACUCUCCUGAAAAUCGCUUGUUAAUUAAACGGAUGCUGAUUAAAUGCGCCGACGUGGCCAAUCCCUGUAGGCCUUUGGAGCUGUGCAUCGAAUGGGCUGGACGCAUUUCUGAAGAAUACUUUGCUCAGACUGAUGAAGAGAAAAGACAGGGUUUGCCGGUUGUCAUGCCAGUGUUUGAUCGGAAUACCUGCAGCAUUCCCAAAUCCCAGAUCUCGUUCAUCGACUAUUUCAUCACGGACAUGUUUGACGCCUGGGAUGCAUUUGCCAGCUUGCCAGGCUUGAUGGAACAUUUGGCAGAAAACUACAAAUACUGGAAGAACUUGGAUGAGAUGAAGUGUAAAAGCCUGCGACCCCCACCACCUCCAUGAGCCCCCUCCUGAGGUCAAGGGUCAGAGGUCAUGCCGUCUCUGUCUGACAUCAAAGAUUCCGUCCGCCGCACGCAGAUCAGCAGCCCUGUUCCCGACGACGCUCCGCCCCCUAGCGACAAUCGCCCCGGUUACAAGGGUAAAACAAGCGAAUGCACUUUAUCACCAUACACUCCUCCUCCAGCAUCCUUCCUCUCUCUCCUCUUUUGGAAUCGCCUGUUUUUAAUGAUUUCCGAACAAUAUCUUUUGUAAUCACGUACGUUGAACACAAGAAGAUGAAGAACACUGCUGUACACAUGGGACACACAGUGGGACUAAAACAUGUAUUGCUCAGAGAGUUUAUAACUAAACACAUGCACAUAUGCACACAAGCAAAAUGAUAAGAUCUGAAUGCCAAAAGGGCUUCAAAUAGACUUUGAAUCGGGAGUAAAAAAAAAACUACCAGAAGAAGAUAGAGACCCGCCUGCUCAUCGCCCUUCACAGAUCUUCAGUUUGCACGGUUUAAGCUUUCACUGAUAUCAAAUUUUGAGAUCGUCAAUUGAUGUUUUGUUCACAUGGGGGGUACGGGUUUUUACACCCAUGAAGAGGGACAGUCGCCCCUAAACCUCACUGCAGCGGAGUCAGUUCAGUUGCUCCACACCUGCCUCCCUUCACUUUGAUCAAUGAGGUCAAGAUGUUUUGACUGAAUUUGUCUACAGGACACAAAGGUCAAGUUGCCAAACUCGUAGAACUGAAGACAUGUUGGUGUUUGAACACGAUUCAGUUUUUAAGAAUGUACAAACACUGCGACGGCCGACCUCACUGCGGGUCGUCAGUAUUCCGGCACUUUCUGUAUCAGAACGAUUCAAGCCUUUCUCAGACUCCAAGGACUGGUGUGUAAUACUCAAUAAUUUUGAUAUAAAUAGCCAAUAAUAUCAAAGAAUAUAUUUCUCGAAACACUGUAUAUCCAGACACAUACUGUAAUAACAUAAAGCUUGAUGAUGAA